AUGCGACGACUACAAUUAUUAUCCCUACUACUGUGUUUAAUUCCGUACCUCUCCGCCUUCACAGUAAUCCCUUACAUCCAAAUCGACUACGCCCACUAUUUUCGGUUAGCCCAAUGUGAGGCAAAGUGCUCGGAAAAGUACGGCACCCUAUCACGGAAAGUUCUUAACGAUGGCACAAUUCACGAAUUUUUCAACGUCAGUGGGAAUGAAGUGAAACAUUGCGAGAUGGGCUGCCAGCAGAAUCGUAGAAUGAAAAAGCUAUCAAAGCCUUCAAAAGAAGCACUCGACGACGGCAUGAAGUUUUGGCAAGCCUCGCCGGCAAGCACCGAAAAAAUUGGAUCAAGCCCUAUCCUGAGCGUCGAUCUGCUGUGUCAAACACCUGCUUCGAUGGAUUCCGAUUUUGAUGAGACGAUUACAGGCCGACUUGGUUUGGAGCUGAAGCGGGGAUCUGUGUCUCCAACUCGGUAUAUCGUCCAGUGGAAACAGCGGACGAAGGAGUCGAAGACGCACGAUGAGACGCAGUGGAUCACGGCUUCGGUGGAGCACGAGCCCAUCGUCAACGUCGAAGGGAUGCUGUCCGGCCUCCUCUACCGCUUCCAAGUCACCGCCAUUGGCCCCAGUGGACGCCUUGGAGACGCCGUCACCAGUGACUGGAUCGCGGCAACAAACUCGAAAACCGAGAUUCCGCCCUUUGAUGGCCUCCUCAUCGCCAAAAAUGGCUACGAUUCAGACCAUGGUGUCAAUACGUUGAUUACCUGGCCAAAGUCAAGCGAAAAUUCGUGCGGAUACAGGAUUACGUACAGCAACUCCACGCACAUCACCACCAAGGACAGCGAAGUCGAUUCCUCCGCUGGGAUCCUGUUGACAAAUCUAGAAUUCGAUGCCGCUUACACUGUCCAGAUCCGAUCACUGGGAGCAAAGUUGGACGAUUCGAUCGUGUCGCUGCCGAUUUCUAGCUCCUUCAAAACAUUUUCGUGUAGUCAAAUACAUGGAAGGGGCAGCAUCAAUUGUCCGCCCGAGCCGGUGGACGAGUUCAAGGUGGAAGUCCAUGUGAAUGGGACCGUCAACCUUUCCUGGAGGCCGAUCGCCGGUGUCGAUAAUAUCCUGACUUACCGGAUCGAAUAUUACGCACAGGAAAAUGAGCCGAAAUGCGAUUCGAUGACCAGGACGAUUUAUUUAAAAGCGGCGGCCGAUACUGCGACCAUUUCCGUCGAUCCGGGCUGCCGCUACACCGUUAAACUCACAAAUUUCGACCUAAUCGGGCGCGAAGCGGCGAUAGAAAGAGAAUUUUCCGUCAAUUUGAGCAGACCCCUCCUCUCUUUCCCCCUAAAUUGGCAAAUCCUCCUCACCAUAUUCCUCUUCUGCUUGGUUCUAUUUGUGAUUUGCCUCCUAAAAUGCACCCUAUCGGCCCGAUGCCGACAAAAGGUCAACGAGAAAAAGAAUAAGCUCGUUGGCGAGUUUGCUAAAAUCAAACCCGGGAUGGACGGCAAGUCUACCGAGCAGCUGUGGAUCCCGGAUCCGGAUCUGGAGCAGUAUUCGAAGGAUCAGAGGAAGAAGAGGGCUUCCCGGUUUUUCCAGGUCGUCAUCGGUACCGUAUUGGCCGGAUGUGUGCUGUAUUACUUGAUGGCAGUUGACCGCAAAAACUACGAAGACCAAUUCGAUGGCGUCGAAUACGAGCAGGGAAUCGAGAUGGAGAAGGCGCAAUUCGAGGAGUUGUACGACCUCUACUCCGAGCAGUUCAAGGACUUUAUGAAGAGGUAUGCUCGUGACUACGAAUCUGGCGAAGAAACGAUGGACCGCUUCAAGACGUACAUGAAGAAUAUGGAGGAAGCUGAGAAGCUGAAUCGUGAGCGUAAAUAUGGUGGCGAAUAUGGAGAAAAUGACAUGGCCGAUUGGACAGACGAGGAGUUCAAGAAGAUCCUCCUCCCCGUAACCUUCUACAAGAAGCUCCGCAGCGAGGCGACGUUCAUCCAGAAGAACCCACCCCAGAUGGAGCAGGCCGCCGCGCUGCCCGACCACUUGGACUGGAGGGAGAAAAAUGGUGUCUCGCCGGUUAAAGCUCAAGGAAAGUGCGGAUCGUGCUGGGCUUUUGCUGCCACGGCUACUGUAGAAUCGGCUUGGUUGAUCAAGGACGGAAAAUACCGUAAUCUUUCGGAGCAGACACUUCUUGACUGUGACUUCUCCAACAAUGCUUGUGAUGGUGGAGAUGAGGACAAGGCAUUUAGGUUCAUCCACCGCACCGGCCUCGCCUUCAACAAGGACCUGCCCUACGUCGCCCAUCGUCAGAACAGCUGCGAAUUAGUCCACAAGGAGACGACCAAGAUCAAGAUCGCCUACUUCCUGCACCAGGACGAGUACGCUAUGCGCCAAUGGAUGGUUAACUUCGGGCCGGUCAACGUCGGUAUGUCCGUCACCCAACCGAUGCGCUCGUACAAGUGCAACACCACCGAGUGCGGCGUGUUCACCCCAGAUCCGUGGGAGUGCAAGAACAAAGUCAUUGGCCUCCACGCUCUCCUGGCUGUGGGCUACGGUACCGACCCUGUGACGAAGGAGGACUACUGGAUUAUCAAGAACUCGUGGGGAUCAGACUGGGGCGAUCAUGGCUUCAUCAAGUUCAGGAGAGGCCAAAACGCGUGCGGAAUCGAGGACGAGCCGGUCGGAAUCAUGGCC